GGGCCGGUAUGGAUUUACGCGAGCUCGUUUGUUUGGUUUUCCUGGCAAGUCUUUCCCGAGGUCAAACUUUGGGAUGCCAUCAGGGUCAGUGGCAGUGUGAUGAUGGAAACUGUAUCCCUGAUGUCUGGAGGUGUGAUGGAACUGGAGACUGUCUGGAUGGAUCCGAUGAAAUGGAUUGCUUUGCACUCCCAGGCUCUCCUGAAUGUCCGCCGGGUCAGUUCCCCUGUGUGGACUCUGUUGGCUGCGUUGAUGCAUCAGCCCGCUGUGACGGACAGAGCCAGUGUCCCACCGGCUCUGAUGAAGAGAACUGUGCAGCUACAGUGGGCUGUUUGGACUCUGACUGGACCUGUCGGAACCACAUGUGUAUCCCCAAAGAGCUGCGCUGCAACGGACUGAAUGACUGCCUGGACAACUCUGACGAAGAGGACUGUGGUCUGUGUAGUGAAGACAGCAUUCGUUGUCCUGAGGGGACGUGUCUGACUGCAGAACAGAGGUGUGAUGGGACGGUUCACUGCUCAGAUGGUAGCGAUGAGCCCUUAACCUGCGGUCGUAUCUGCUCCGUGAACAAUGGCGGCUGUAGCCAUGUGUGUGUCGAUGAACCCUGGGGAGCUCAGUGUGCCUGUCCCGCUGGAUAUAAGCUCGCUCCCAAUGGAGCCGUCUGCAAAGAUCUGGAUGAAUGUGCCCCACCCUCUGCCCCUUGUAUGCAUUACUGCACUAACACGGUUGGAUCCUAUUACUGCUACUGCAGAGACGGCUUUAAACUGAGUGGAGGCUCCACAUGUCAAGCUACAGGCAAUGCUACCAGACUGCUAACAGUGCAGAGGAGCUCAGUCGGGCUAAUAAACGUGAAGACUCAACAGUUUGAAGUUAUCCACACUCCAGUGGCCGACCCAGUGGCCUUGACUUUUGAUAUUGCCCGAGGCUGGUACUACUGGGCUGACAACCAUGGCAGCAUUUACAGAAGUGAUGGACAGCAAACCCAGACAAUCUACACUGGGGAGCCUGGAAUCAAGGGUCUAGCUUGUGAUUGGCUGAAUGGAAACCUGUUUUGGACCAAUCUGAAGACAGAGUCAAUCUACAUGCAGGCAGCUGAUGGGAAAAGUUACACUCCUUUGCUGAGCAAAAACAUCCGCCCAUCAGAGUUGGUGCUUGUACCGGUGGAGAGCGUAAUGUUCUGGAUGAAUGUCGGCCCCAGAGUGACGAUCGAGAAGUCGUGGAUGGACGGGUCAGAAAGAAGCAGUCUGACUGUGCUCACUGCUCAGUCAGCUCACAGCCUCACUGCUGACGUGGCUGCCAGGAGGCUGUUCUGGAUCAGUGACAUCAAGAAAUCUAUAGAGACGGUAAAGUUGGACGGAACUAGUCGUCAGUCCUUCACAGGAUUGUUCAACAGGAGACCGGCUCUCAGCCUGGCUGUGUUUGAGAGUUCGUUCUACUGGGUGGACGACAAAGGACUGUGGCAGGCUCCACAGAAUCAACCAAACCAGAAGCAAUUAAUCUGGAAAGCCGCACAGCCGAUUUUGGCUGUUUACCACGAGCUUCAGCAGCCUCGAGGGUCUUCUGCAUGUGUGAAGAGUCUGUGUCACCUCUGCCAGCUAACUAAAGGAAACCCUGUCGGAUUCACCUGUGCUUGUCCAAACUCCAAAGUGCUGCUGCUUGAUGGGACGUGUGAAUAUCCGAGCUUUGUAUAUGCUUCCAUGACCAGCAUCAAUGUGCUGGAGUUUAGUGGCGGAGAGCCGACCAAAGUCCAGCUGUUUACCACUGACAGUGGCAUCCUGUCAUUUGAUCUGGACUGGUACAAAGACUGGCUGUACUGGGCAAACCAAACUGGCCACAUCCAACGCACCAGUCUAACCCAGGUCAAGACUGAGGUGGUCCCAACACCUUUGCCAGUUUGUCUGAUAAAAGUAGACCAGAGGAGAGGGAACCUUUACUGGGUAUCAUGUGACCAAAACAGCAUUGGCACCACCACAGCUACCAGCCAAUACCCGCAGCAGCUUUACCAUACGACAAAGGAGAUUCGAGACCUGUAUCUGGACUGGCUGAGGGGCAGCAUCCUCUGGCUGGAGGAGGACCGAGUCCUCAGCAUGAGCAUGAUGGGAGGCAAACCCAAAGAGCUGCUGCAGUUAGCAGCAGGAGGAGUCACAGGAAACAUCGCCUUUGACCUCAGGGCGAACAGUCUGCUCUGGAACUCAAAGAGGGCAGGUUUGACAACAAUGAGUUUGCUGCAGGAAAGAAGCCACCGAGCCGGUAGAAGAUUGAACAUUUCAGGCUCAGUUAUUGCUGCCUUUGAGCCUUUCCUGUUGUCCCUCUCUGAUGAUGUCAUGACUUUGUGGGACCGGCGUGACGGGAGCCGCAUCCAGGACUUUACUGUCAGAGGUCAUGUGUUCAGUGUUAUCGCUGCACUCAAGGACAUCAGUACAGCGUCCAAUACUCCAGUCUGCAAUAAACCCUCUGUGUUCUGCCGACAUACAUCAAUCUGCGUCUCACAAGCCCAGCUGUGUGAUGGGAAAAAGGACUGCCCUGACGGAGAUGAUGAGAAUUUCUGUGUAACCACAUGUCCAUCUAAAGAUGAUUUCAAGUGCAAGGACCAGAGCAGUUGUGUCUCCAGGAAUCUUGUUUGUGACGGUCGUUCUCAUUGUCGCGACAGCUCAGAUGAGGUCAACUGUCCGACCGUAACCUCUCCUGCAGCUCGGGCAAAAGUCCUGAAGUGUCGCACAGGCUCGAAGCCGUGUAAAGACGGGACAGAGUGUGUUUUAUACAGCCACGUGUGUGAUGGGGAAGAGGACUGUCGUGAUGGCUCAGAUGAGGAUGACUGUCCGACUGUAGAUUCACCUGCAGAUCCACCUGCAGAUCCACCCAACAAUGUGAUGUGUCGAACAGGCUCAAAGCCAUGCAAAGAAGGGACAGAGUGUGUUUUAUACAGCCACGUGUGUGAUGGGGAAGAGGACUGUCGUGAUGGCUCAGAUGAGGAUGAUUGUCCGACCAUAGCAACUGUAGCUUCUCCUGCAGCUCAGGCAAGCACCCUGAAGUGUCGCUUGGGCUCGAAGCCAUGUAAAGAUGGCAAAGAGUGUGUUUUAUACAGCCACGUGUGUGAUGGGGAAAAGGAUUGUCGGGACGGAUCAGAUGAGGAUGAAUGUUCGAGUGUAACUCAGGCCAACACUCUGACAUGUCAAACAGGCUCAAAGCCAUGUAAAGAUGGCACACAGUGUGUUAUUUUCAGUGCUCUGUGUGAUGGGAAAAAGGACUGUCUUGAUGGCUCAGAUGAACAGGGAUGUGGUGCCAAAGAACAGACCAUGACUCCAACAAAACUAAACAAAAUACCACCUGCUUCCAAACCUCCUGCUCCGACUGUGCCGGCCUGCAGCAGCCCCUCUAUGCUCUGUCCCAAUUCUGCUGCUCACAUAUGCAUUUCUCCAAGCCAGAUUUGCAACGGGCGUAAAGACUGUCCUGAUAGCUUUGAUGAACAGAACUGUGUGAAAAGAUGUCCCUCUAAAAACGACUUCCGUUGCAAGGACCGCAGGAGCUGCAUCUCAAAGAGUCUCGUUUGUGACGGACGCGCUCAUUGCCACGAUGGGUCUGAUGAGGUCAACUGUGUAAGCGUUGCUCCACCUGCAGCUCCGGCAAAGGUCCUGAAGUGUCGCAUUGGCUCCAAACUGUGUCGAGACGGGACAGAAUGUGUCCUCUUCAGUCAUGUUUGUGACGGAGAGAAAGACUGCCGAGAUGGAUCAGAUGAAGAAGAAUGUGAUGCUGCAGACACUGGCAUUACCAUUCUAGCAGAAAAUGUCCAAAUAAAUAAAUCUCCUGCACCCGUCGAGCCAUCUACUCAGCCUCCCAGCAAGCUGUCCUGCAGCACCCCCUCAGUUCUGUGUCCAGGUUCUUCUUUGUGCCUCAGCCCAACACAGAUAUGUGACGGAAAGAGAGACUGUCCUGAUGGAUCUGAUGAGAACUGUGUGAAGAGAUGCCCUUACAGAACUGAUUUCCGCUGCAAAGAUCGAAGGAGCUGUGUCUCAAGGAGUCUGGUUUGUGAUGGACGCUCUCACUGUCACGAUGGCUCAGAUGAGGUGGACUGUGCGAGCAUAGCUCCACCCAUAACAAAUCUCCUGAAGUGUCGCAUGGGCUCCAGACUAUGUCGAGACGGGUCAGAAUGUGUCCUCCACAGUCACGUUUGCGACGGAGAGAAAGACUGCCGAGACGGAUCAGAUGAAGAAGAAUGCGAUGUUGCUGCAGACAUUGCUCCUACCACUGCUGCAGAAAGUGUCCGGUUAAAUAAAUCCCCGGCCAUAACCUCAGCCAAGCCUCCCAGCAUGCCAUCCUGCACCAGUCCUUCAUUUCAGUGCCCAGCUUCCUCUUUAUGCAUCAGCCCGACUCAGAUAUGUGAUGGAAAGAGAGACUGUCCUGAUGGAUCAGAUGAGAACUGUGUGAAAAGAUGCCCCUCAAGGACUGACUUCCGUUGCAAAGACCGUCGAAGCUGCGUCUCAAAGAGUCUGGUUUGUGACGGUCGCUCUCACUGUCACGACGGCUCAGAUGAGGUCAACUGUCCAAGCGCGGCUCCUCCUGCAGCUCGAGUUAACGUCCUAAAGUGUCGCAUUGGCUCCAGACUGUGUCGAGACGGGACAGAAUGUGUCCUCUUCACUCACGUUUGUGACGGAGAGAAAGACUGCCGGGAUGGAUCAGAUGAAGAGGGAUGUGAUGCUGGAGACACUGGCACUACAAUUCUUGCAGAAAAUGUCCAAAUAAAUGAAUCUCCUGCACCCGUUGAGCAGUCUUCUCAGCCUCCCACCAAGCCAUCCUGCAGCAGCCCCUCAAUUCUGUGUCCAGGUUCUUCUUUAUGCCUCAGCCCGACACAGAUAUGUGAUGGAAAAAGAGACUGCCCUGAUGGAUCUGAUGAGAACUGUGUGAAGAGAUGCCCUUCUAAGACUGACUUCCGUUGCAAAGAUCGUCGAAACUGCGUCUCGAAGAGUCUGGUCUGUGACGGUCGCUCUCACUGCCAUGACGGCUCAGAUGAGGUCAACUGUCCGAGUGUAGCUCAGCCUGUAGCUAAGGCCAACGUCUUGAAGUGCCGUGUGGGCUCAAAGCCAUGUAACGACGGCAGAGAGUGUGUUUUAUACAGCCACGUGUGUGACGGAGAGAUUGACUGCAUGGACGGAUCCGAUGAACAGGGAUGCCAAGAAACCUGCAAACAAGGUGAGUUUCAGUGCUCCCAUGGGAAGAUGUGCAUUCCUGAGGCUGAGGUGUGUGACGGAAAGUCGCAGUGUCGCGACCAGUCUGAUGAACUGGACUGCUGGAAACCAACCAAGAGCUGUGAGCAUCGCUGCACCGACGGCAAGCGCUGCAUCCCAAAGACAUUCCUCUGCGAUGGAGAGAGAGACUGCGUGGAUGGCUCGGAUGAGGUCGGCUGUGACCCAGGUACUGAUGCAACUACAGAGUCAGCGGUUCUUGCUCCAGCAUCAACUUGCAUCACUCCUUCAAUUCUCUGUCCUGGUUCAUCAUUGUGCAUCUCUCACAAUAAGCUGUGUGAUGGACAAAAAGACUGCCCUGAUGGAUCUGAUGAGAAUAGCUGUAUGGUUCAAUGCAAAAAUCCAGAUGACUUCUUAUGCAGCAACCAGAGGAUAUGCGUCCCCAGGCAGGAAGUAUGUGACGGCCGUGCCCACUGUCCCGACGGCUCAGAUGAGAAGCAGUGUCAGUCAGCGGUUCCUGCUGCUCCGCCCUCCAACAAUGUGCCCGGUUCCAGAUCAGCCCCACUGAGGUGCCGCACAGGUUUCAAGCCAUGUAAAGAUGGUCUGGAGUGUGUUAUGUACAGCCAUGUGUGUGACGGAGAGAAGGACUGCAAAGAUGGAUCAGACGAAGAGGGCUGCGCUGCUCACUGCAAAGCAGAUGAGUUCCGCUGUUCUCACGGGAACAGAUGCAUCCCACCGGGGAAGGUGUGUGACGGCGAGUACAACUGUCAAGACCGAUCUGAUGAAUUAGACUGUUCGCAUCUGAUGGAGGGGUGCCAUCAUCGCUGUGAUAACAACACUCGCUGUAUACCAGACACCUUCCUGUGUGAUGGGGAGAGAGACUGUGCUGAUGGGUCAGAUGAAGAGAAGUGUGGUUUGGUUCCUUGUGCCAUUGACCAGUAUCGCUGUCUGAGCGGUCAGUGUGUGUCUGAGGCCCUGAGAUGUGAUGGUUAUGCUGACUGCAGUGACCACUCUGAUGAGGCGCACUGCACAAGACCUCCGCGCUGCCCGACACAGCUGCGAUGUCCGCAGAGCCACGAGUGUCUGCAGAAAGAGUGGCUUUGUGAUGGUGAAGACGACUGCAGAGACGGGUCAGAUGAGAAGAACUGCAUGUCAUCACCGGCAAAAUGCAGGGAGUAUCAGUGGCAGUGUGGAGACAGCAGUCAGUGCAUCCCUCAGUCAUGGAGGUGUGAUGGGAAGAGAGACUGUGACAACGGCAUGGACGAGUACAAAUGCAGCCAGAGAAAAUGCCCUUCUCACCUUUACCAGUGUGGCAGCGGUGAGUGUGUGGACCCCCGCCUAGUGUGCAACGGCUUCACCAACUGUGCUGACAGCUCAGAUGAGGGCGUGGGAUGUGCUCAAAGAAACUGCUCCAGCCCAUCAGCUCCUCACUGUGACCACAACUGUGUCAGCACCCCGAACGGAGCGAGAUGUUACUGUGCUGCAGGUUUCAGACUACAGUCCCGUGCUGUGUCCUGUGUGGACAUUGACGAGUGCAGUGAAGAGCCACAAGCUGUAUGCAAACACACCUGCCUGAAUACUCGUGGCUCCUACAUGUGUAAUUGCCUCCCCGGCUUCUACCUGGAGCCUGACAACAAAAGCUGUAAGACCAAAGACGAGCCUUUGCUCCUGGCAUCGGUGCAGUCGGAGCUCUUACUCUUGGGAGUCCAUAGCAGCACCUUACGUCUUCUGUCUUCUGCCAAUCGGCCGGUCUUCUCACUCGAUUAUCACUGGGCUCAAAAGAGAGUUUACUGGCUAAGCCCUGACUACCAGAGCAUCCGCUGGGCUGACAUGGAAAACUCAAACAGCAAAGGGACGCUUAUCAAAGGGGUGAAGUCAGAUUCCAUCGCGGUGGACUGGGUGGGUAAGAACCUGUACUGGGUGGAUGGACUGGUGGGCCAGAUUUUGGCUGUGAAGCUCAGCCACACCACAGUGAGAUCUCAGGACCACACCGUGGUCUUGGGUGAAGAUCUGGAGCAGCCGAGCUCAUUGGUCCUGCUGCCACACAGAGGGAUGAUGCUUUGGUCUGAGAUCGGCAGCACCCCUCAGAUCGAGCGGUCUGGGAUGGACGGUUCAAAGCGGAAGGUGGUCGUGAGCAGAGGCUUGAGCUGGCCAGUCAGUCUGGCCUAUGACCUUCUAGACAACAGAGUGUACUGGGCCGAUGAGAAGCUGCGCUGCAUUGGCUCGGCCUCUCUGGAUGGAGACAACGUCAAGAUCCUUCAAUUGGCGGAAACACCGAGUCCUUUCUCUGUUGCAGUCUUCAAUGACAGAGUCUUCUGGUCUGACACAAAAAGAAGAACCAUCCGCUCAGCUGACAAGAACACCGGCAAGGAUCAAAAAGUUCUCCUUAAGAGACCCGGGCAGCCGUUUGGACUGAAACUGAUGCAUACCCUUUCCCAGCCAGCCAUAUCCAACCCCUGUGACCAGCUGCACUGCUCCCACCUCUGCCUCUUGGCCCCACCUAUGAGAGGCAAGUCUGGAGCACUGGGGUCGCCGGGGUUUCCAGCGGGGACGAACCCCACUGCAGUUUGCCGAUGCCCAAAGGGGCUGCUUCUUUCCAAAGACAAGAUGACCUGCUCUGUGCCUGUGGAUUCAACGUUCAUCCUGCUUUUGUCUCGUACUACAGUUUAUCAGAUUCACUUGCACUCCAUGCGUCGUGAUGAUGUUGCUCUGAAAAAAAUGCCAAACGGACGCGUUUUGGCCCUGCCCAGCGUGACUGCGGCCUCAGGACUGGAUGUGUCCAUCCAGGAGCUUUCUGUUUAUGUGGCUGAUGCAGCACAAGGAUCUGUAGAUGUGCUAAAACUGGGCGACUCCAGGUCGAGACAGGGACUGAUGCCCUCUGGACAGAUCCUAAAGCUGAAGGAUGAUCUGGUCACGGCUCUGGCGGUCGACUGGGUGACCUCCAACCUCUACUGGAGCAGCACCUCUAAGCCUGAUCUCCAUGUGACCUCCCGACGGGACAGCCACACCACCUCACUGCUGCAGGGAUCACUGCAGGGCACCACAUCCAUUGCAGUGCAUCCCCCCUCAGGACGACUUUGCUACACAGCGAUCGUGGUGGCAGGUGGGAAGAGCCAGUCGGAGGUGAACUGUGCCUGGAUGGAUGGCCGUAACAAAGCAGUGCUGUGGAGGAAGUCGAGCAUCCCCACCUCGCUGGUCUUUUCCAGUCAGGGAACUGUGAUCUACUGGGCUGACACAGGUAUAAUCAACUCUAUCGGACUGGAUGGAUCGAAAUAUAAACAGUAUAAAACAGGGCCAGGCCUGCUCAUCUCCUUCACACAUACUGAGAACGUCCUCCUCUGGGCCACUGUGGACAAAGAUGUAACCAAACUGUGGUUCAGUGAUGGUCUCCAGCCUAACCAACUGUGGUUCGAGACAAAGAUCAACGUGGUGGAGGUCAAAGCCUACAGCAACGACACUCAAUCUGGAACUAAUAGCUGCUCCAACAACAAUGGCGGAUGUGCCCAUCUGUGCCUGCCCUAUCCUGGAGGUCACACAUGUAAAUGUGGCCAGGGCUUCUACGUCGUCAGUGCCACUUCCUGUUCCCCGCUGCCCGACUGCCCCUCUGGGGAAGAAUCCUGCUUCGACGGCAGCAGGUGUAUCAGCAGCAGCAAGUUCUGUGACGGACAUGUGGACUGUCCCGACCAGUCGGAUGAACAAGACUGUCCAGUCACAAACAGUGAUGGCCGCCCUCCUCAGUCUUCCUCUCCGCCUCACCCCAACACCCAAAAGAACUCUGUUCUUUCAGUGAAAACAGCCUCCUGUGAUCUCCAACGCUGUAACGGUCACGGCAACUGCAUCACAGAGGGCAAAAUCACUCGCUGCCAGUGUGUGGCUGGUUACAAGGGAGAGUCCUGUCAAGAGACAGAUGCUGGACGAAGCCAUGCACCUGUGGUCCUGGGUGUCCUCUGCCUCAUUGCUGCAUUGGUGGCUGCUGCUUUUAUUUUUGUUAAAAGGAGAGGCUGGGUGUCCAUCAGAAGCAGAUCCAUGGAGAAAGAAAUUUUGAUGGCUAACAUGGGCCUGCCCUGUGAACACUACUCGGACUCUGAGGAGCUGGAGUCCCCCAUAGAUGCUAAGAAACCAUCGCUAACGUUUAAGUCACUACAGCUUCAUGACGACUCUGAGGGCAGCAGACUUCAUGAGUAAUGUCUGAGGAUUCGUUACUAUGGAGCUGAUGAAGACUGCCUUUUGGUGCAAUAAAAGUGAGAAAGAAAUG